AGUCAGCCUACUGGCGAGCCAGUCCGGCACGGCGCGUUGUCCCGAAUGCACGUCGAACCAUCGAUUUCCGCGUGUGCUGGCCACGUGACUGUGCUCGAUCGCCACGCACUUCGUAGCCCCGUGUCGGUUCCGUGUCGUCGCCUCGCGAUCCUCGGCCCCCGAUAGACUCCCAGCUCCGGCCCCGCUCCGGUCCCGCUCCGGUCCCGCGCCCGAUUCCCCACCGAAAAACCGCGACGUCCGAGCUUUUCCGCAGUUGGAUCGCGGUGAUCGCGGCACCCAGGCCGCCCGAGAGGCUUUAACGGUACCCGUAGGUGCCCCGUAGGUGCCCCGUAGGUGCCCGUAGGUGCCCCGUAGGUGCGCGGACGUCCAGCCGCGACAACCUGGGAGGACCGAGAGUAAUCGGCGUCACGUGGGCAGAGCGGACCACCGCUGGGAUACGUGCCCACCGGGACGCAGGAGAAAGACCGGUCCCCGUGCGCUCUUCCGGACGAUGAAAACGAGUGGCGAAUGAAUGGGAGUGGCCAGCAUUCCGGACGGUAAAGAUCAGCGGGCUUGCGAUGAAUGGAACGCUUUAGGAUCGGCCCGGAAAAUGGACGUCGCCAAGUGUGCCACGGAGGACUUCGUGACGGUGGUCAAUGUCGAGAGCCAGCCCCCGCCGGAGAAUUUCGUGACGGUGCUGUCGAUCGGCCAGGGGAAGAAGGAGGACGAGCCGGGCCAGAUUUCCGGCACGAAGGCGCAAACGAAUGGGCUCGACGGGCCCCUUGAGGAGGAGGUCGAGGUGUUCCGGCUGCCCGGCGAGCGGCUCGGCUUCGGGCUGAAGUUCGAGGGCGGCAACAAGACCGCGGAGAGGGUCAGGAAGCUGUUCGUUCAGAGCUGCGAGGACCAGAGCCCCGCCAGCAGGGCCAAGUGCUCCUGGGGCACUUUGGGCGAGGGGGACGAGGUACUCUCGAUAGACGGUGUACCAGUGACACACAUGACUCGGCUGGAUUGCGUGAGGCGAUUGAAGGAGUCCCAGCUGGUGAUCAAGCUAAUGGUGAGGUGCAGGGGAGCGCUGAGGCCCGAGGUGGUCAGCGCCGAGAAAAAGAGCUCCCCGGAGAAAAGCAAGGUGCCCCCGGAACUGCCUUCGGCGCCGCCGCCGGUCCCGCCUAGGAAACUGAGGCAGGCCAGGGGCCUGGCCGACGGCGAGGCGAAUCCCAGCCCCGUCAGGAAGUCCUGGACCGGUGCCAGGUCGCAGACCAGCUCGCAGACAAAUUCGCCCGGCUCCCAGCCGAUCAGCUUGGAGAGCAAGGCUCCCAGCCUCUACGAGAGCUGCGAGUCCUCGCCCAAGAGCUGCAAUGGAUCCGCUCAGGACACGCCGAAGGGAUCGCCCAAGGAACGCUCUCCGGAGCUCGCCAAAUCGAAACAGGAGCCUCCGGAAGCGAUGGUGUACCUGGACGCCCGUUCGCAGUGCGGCUCGACGCACGGUAGCACGUCGGACGACACCGGGAGCUCGAUGUCGACGGUGAUCGACCGGUUCUCGACGUCGGACCGCGUGUCGACGAUCUCGACAGCGUCGACGGCGUCGACAGCGUCGGAGCAGCCGAGCGAGUACCCACGCGGCGCGGACGCGGAGCAGCCGGACAGGCCCACGGAUCGGGACUACCAGCUUUCGAAGGCGAUCUGCCUGGAGAACUUCGAGGCGGAUUACACGUCGACGCCUCCCGACUACCUGCUGCGCCGGCUGGCCAGCUCGGAGGCGGUGACCCACGUGGAGUCUCGGGGCGAAGUCGAGAGGAUCACGGCGGUGGUGGCGCCGAACACGGUGCUGAUCGAGGAGACGAUCACGUUCCAGCCUCCGCUCAGCUUCCAGGACGCGCCGCUGAGCUACGGGCACGAGGCGCGGCCCGACCUCUUCUACACGGCCGACCUGGCCGCGGACUCCUCCACGCACUUCAAGCCGAUCAAGGACGACGUGGAGCUGGUCGAAAGGGUAAACGGCGGCCACGAGCACUUCCGCUCGCCGAAGAGCUCGCCGGAGAAGCCGGCCGGUGUCGCGAGGGGCUCGGACAGAACGCCGCCGCCGUUGCCGGCCAGGAACCACGUGAACAGGAUCAACGUGAACCAAACUAUGAACGGCGAUCGGGAUCAACCGGCUCCGCAGAAGCCCGCUGGCGGGGUGGCGGUGAACGAGGCACCCCAGCAGGAGGUGCCUCUGCUGCCGCCGAAGCCGCUGCCUAGAAGAGACGUCAAGGUCAGGCGGAAGAGACCGCCGCCGCCUCCGCCGCCGCCCGCCGUUGCGCCCAGAUCGGAGGCUAAGCCGACGGCUCCGUUGGCGGAGACCAGGCAGGCCAGCCUCGAGGAACCGGUAUCGCCGAAAGCGGACGUUCCCGUCCCGAAGAGCGAGGACUGCGCGGCGAAACGAGCCGACGAGAGGAAACCGGAAAGGCUGGAGGAGCCGAAGAACGUUCCCGUGGAGAACGGCGGACCGCUCGAGAGGGCGAACAGCGAGGAGAAAAGAGACACCGAGUCCACGGACAGUUUCGACGUUUUGGAAGACGACGGAUACAGGACGAACAAGGUGCUGGAGAUCAUCGAGAUCAGGAAGGCGAAGGCGUUCUGUCCUCGAAGGCCAGUUGAGGUCGAGAGAAAGGAGGAGGAGGAGAGGCCGAGUUUCGUCGCGAACGAUCAAGCGAGCUUGGAUUCGGAGAGGAUCAAGCCGGCGAUCAAGGCCUGCGAGCGGCCCAAGCCCGAGCUGAGGACCUUGGUCACUAUCUCGACGGAGAUAGAGGACUCCGGCGAGGACAGCGACGAGGCGACCACGAGGUUCAACGAGCCCGUCGACAAGCUCGGCGACAGGCAGUCCAUCGGAGACGACAGCUCCGAUCGCGGAGACUCGCCGAUCGACGAGAACGCGUUCCGAACGCGAACGAACGAACACGAUCGCGAUCACGACGACGACGACGACGAUGACGACGACGACUCUUACAGCAGGUCGUUGAACGACGUCAAUCGCAAUGUCUGCGGUUUGGCCGGGAACAGGAGCAGGAACGAGAACGACAACGUCGAGGACGACGACACCAGCGACGACAGCGACGACGAUUACUAUUGGCAGAGCAAUCUGGCCACCAUCGGCGAGGAAGAGGAAACGAACUCGCUCGAGUACACCACUGCGAACAACGAAGUCAGCGACGACACCACACCCACGGAGGAAUGCAAGAGCUUGGACUCGGCGACAGACAGGAAAGACACCUUCGACCUUGACGCAAGGAAUGACGAGGUAGACGACGCCGGGCCAGCCGAGAACAUCGACGGAGCCGAGCCUGAACAUCUCAACGCAGGGACGGUAAAUGGUAGGAUGGACAACUGCGGAGGCGGUCAGCGCCUGCCCCCGGACGGGGACGAAUUUCCAGCUGCGUACCAAGAGUUCGGCGGCGGUAGCCAACAGUACCGAUUCGUGACAGCGAGCGCGGCCACGAGGGCGUCGGCGAUGACGGCGAACGGGGGCCUCGUGUGCGCCGACAGCGAGACGUUCAUCGGCGCCGAGAGCUUCAAGCUGAUCGACGGGAACGUGGUCACCACCGCGAGCAUAAUUCUGCCGGACAACAGGGUCGGCCUGUCGGCGGUCGAGAACGGCCGGCAGGACGCCGGCAAGCUCGGCCUGUCCGCGAACGAGAUAAACGGGAAAACGGGCGUCGACAGCGUCUGUCAGGACGCCAGCGUCCUGGACAGCUUCCCCAAGAAACCGGCGUCCGUGACCAACUACGCCGGAUACGGGAAUCAGGGUAACGGUAACGCUCUGGUGUCCGAGAAGAAGGUCGAGAUCACCGGCUACUAUCACAAAGACACGGCGACGGUAGUCGAGGAGCCGCAGGACCACAAGGAGAAGGAGCCGUUGGACACGCCGCCGCCUCUGCCAUUAACCGGUCCGCCCAAGGUGGAGCCGGCAGGUCUGUACUCGCGGAGUUCUCCGGCGCUGGAGCCGCCGCAGCGGAAGUUCUCGUUGAACGGAGAGCUGUGGCGGCAGGACGACAAGUCCGAGAGGUCGGUCCGGGACAAGAUCGCCAUGUUUUCGUCGCAGAGCAGCCUGGACGGGCCGUUGUUCCCGAGCUCGGUGACCGUGGCAGCGGCCACCACGAACGGCCGAAGGCUGUCGAAGUACAAGUCGACGGAGGACGUCUGCAGCGACGAGAAGACACCGAGCCAGAAGGAGAGGGCGUCCUUCUUCGCGGACAGGACCCAGAGCUCCUUCGACCUGACGGACUCCGGGCGCAGCGUGGGGCCGGAAGUGAGCCGGAAAUACGGCCAGAGGUCGCCCAGCCUGCCCCAGAGCCCCUCGUUCACCCCGCCGACGAUCCACACCUCGAAGACGUUCCCGGUGGUGCCGCCGAAGCCGGUCGUCUCGACGGCUAUUCCGUUGGUCGGCUCGGGGCCCAAGUCCCCGCUGAAGAGCUACGCGUCGCCGACAGCCAGUUCCCAGAACAACGUUUCGCCGGCGAAUCUCGGCAAUCACCAGAAUUCUUCGAGCGUGCCAACGAAAGCGAUCGCGACGACCGCGCUGAUCAGGGCGACCAGCUUCUCCGGGUCGACGCCUUAUCUGCAGGACCGAGGUGCCACCGUCUGCUCCCCCGACCUGCUCGCUACCUCGCAGAUCAACAGGACCAACUCCUUGGCCUCCACGAUCCGCAGACCCAGCGAGGACAUCAGGAGGACCAGUCUGAACCAGCUGAUCGAGCAGAGGAGGCGGUCGAUAUCGAAGCUGAGGGGCUUGGUGAUCCCGGAGAAGGAGGCGAUACCAAUCGAAGCUCCCAUCGUCGACCUGCCGGAGAUCAAAUCGCGGGAUUCCAUACUGCUGCACCAGAUCCCGAGGUCCAACAUACAGGACAAGUGGGGUUCGCAGAGCUCCUUGGCGAGCAACGCGAGCACGGCGAGCGUUCCGCUGAAGGCGACGACGUCCUUCAAGAUGCCGGCGCCUCAGAUCCACUCGAAGUACUCGCCGGCGUUCAAGAGGAAGAGCCUGGCCGUGUACGGCACGUCCGGCAACGGCUCGGCCUUGAACGGUACCGCGAAGACCUGCUCGCAGUCGUCGCCGACGACGACCGCCACGACGCCGCCGAUGUCCGAGCCGCCGAAGAGCUUGGAGAGCAUCUGCAGCCCGACGAGGAGCGACUACAGCUUCGAGUUCGCCUCGACGGCGAGCUCGCCGGAAGGGUUGCGCGGCAGGCCGAAGACGGCCCAGAGGAAGACCCGGAUGGACUACGACGACUCGGACAACGACUCGGCGGUGAGCAGCUCGCAGAGCAGCAUCUCCAGAGGGUUCAGCCCGCCGAUGUCGCCGGUCCCGUCGGAACGGUCGACCGUUUCGUCGGAGAGGUCCUACAUGUCGACGGAGACCAGCUACCGGCACCGGGCCCUCAUCAUGGACAGCCCGACGAGGACGUACGCGAAGGAGUCGAACGCCGUGGACUACGGCCGCGCGAGCCUCGUCAACGAGAGAACGUUCAUGUCCGAGAGAUCGUCCUCCAGCAGCAGCAGCUCGGACCCCAGAUCGCCGCAGCCGGUGGAGUCCAGCCUGGCCAGGACCUCGCAGAUCCCGCAGAGACAGCUGAAACGGUCGAACAGCACCGACACCAACUGCAGCACCUCGUCGACCCUGACGUCGGGCUCGCAGGCCAGCGCGGAGUCGUUGUCCAGGCGGGUCCUGAAGCCGCAGAGCGUCGAGGCCAUCAACCGGAAGAACAUCCUGGCGAGCGCCAGGUGUCGGAGCGGCAGAGACCUGAACGGAUCGCCGUUGAUACAACGAAAGUUCGCCGAGGCGGAUCAUCCGUCGGAGAACGGCGACGAUCGGCCAAAGAUCCGGCCGAAGAACACCGUGGCCGGUCCUCAGGACGUGAAGAUCGCCUACAUCGAGGUGACCGACAGCUCCUUCCCGGAGAACGACGACCCUUUCCCGAAGGAGGAGGAGCCGAAGCUGCCGCCGAAGAGGAGCGUGCCGCCGCCGAUCGCGAGACCGCCGAAGUCGGAGCUGCUGGAGCCGUCGAACGACCUGAAGAUGUGGGUGCGCACCGAGGCGAAAGCGCUGGCCAGGUCGGCGGAGCUGAAGUCGACGAAGAGGAUCGAGAAGAAGCCGGAGCCGGUCGCGGAGACCGCGAGGCAGGGCAAGGCGGUCGAGAACGAGCAAAUUGCUCACGGCGUGAACCUGUCGCCGGGGAAACGGAACAACGAGGGCGAGGCUAACGAGACCUUGAAGCCGCGAGGCAGAGCGAACGAGUCGCCGAAGAAGAUCCCCGAGGACCAGAACGACCUGCUGACGAUCCUGACCACGAAGAGCAGGUCCAGAUCAGCGAUCCACGUGGACGACGGGAGCUUCGGCCGGUCCAAGAGCCAGAUGAGCCUGGAGGAUAUCCUGAGCGCGAAGUCGGAGGCGAAGUUCGCCCGAACGCAGAGCGUGGAGACGAGAGCGGAGAGGAGCACCGGUUGCCAGAAUAAGACGCUCUGGGAGCCCAAAGACAACCGGUACGGUAGAAGGAGCUCGGCGACCACGAGCGAUUCCUGGAACGACGAUAAGCCGUUCGUCUCGAAGAUACCGACGCUGGGCAAGCCCCGCCUCGCCGAUAACGUGGACGAGACGACGGAGACGGAGAAGUCGAAGAUGUUAUCGAAGAUCCCGACCACGAGGAACCUGAGCCGCAGGAGCGCCAGCGUCACGGACAUGAAGAAAGCGCUGGAGAAGAUCGAGGCACCCAGCAGCCCGCUCCAGCCCGCUCCUGUAGCCAGCCACAACAGGUUCCCGAGCUUGGACAGCAGCGUCGACGAGAAUCUGUCUCCGAUAGGCACGGACGUGGACACGGACAGGUGCUGCAGCGAGCAGUUCGGCAGCAUCAGCUCGUUGGCGAGCAGCACCAGCCUGAUCUCGCAGCAGGAGCUGGCGCAGCUGGUCGAGGAGGCCAGCCUCGAGGAAGCCAGAGGUGCUCACGACGUGAUCGUCGUGCUGCUGCACAAGGAGAACCCUGCCGGCAGCGUGGGGAUCACGCUGGCGGGCGGGGCCGACUGCGAAGUCAAGGAGAUCACGGUGCACAGAGUGCUCGCGCACUCGAUCGCCGACAGGGACGGCAGGGUGCAGAGGGGCGACAGGAUCCUCAGCAUCAACGGGAGAAGCACGCGGGGACUCACGCACAGGGAGAGCCUGGCGGUGCUGAAGCAGCCCAGGUCCGAGGUGGUCCUCGUCGUCUCCAGGGCAAGGGCCGAGGACGGCUGUAGACUGAGAUCACGGACCGCGAGCGUCGAAACUAUCAUCGAAGGAUUCGAGGUGAACGGUGUCGCAGAUGAUACUGCUUGGGGACCGCCCUCGGUGGUAGCAGUGUACAAGGACGGGGCUGGGUUGGGAUUCAGCCUGGAGGGUGGCAGGGACAGCCCCCUCGGGGACAGGCCGCUGGUGAUCAAGAAGAUAUUUACCGGAGGUGCUGCCGAGAAGACAGGUGCCUUGAAGGCAGGGGACCAAUUGUUGGAAGUGAAUGGGAACGAUGUGACGCGAAUGUCGAGGAUCGAGGCGUGGUCUCUGAUGAAGAAACUACACGACGGCGAAGUGAACCUCCUAGUCAGGCAUCCUGCCACCAAAUCGUCGUGAAUGAUAGUCAAUUAGAAGGGGAGGCGUCGUGCGAGGAACGCGACCGAGAGAAGACUUCGAGCGUUGCCGGGAGAUCUUUCGCGAUCGCCGUGCCAACGAUGUCGAAGCGAGACGAAGAAGUCCUCAAACUCGAGGAAUCGAAGGGGAUGCGAUGCGCGCGAUCGUAUCACCGGCGUGUCCUUUGUUCGAAAUCCUGUUUCGGUCUUAAAGGAUAACGAAUGCAUUUUGUUGGAGCGUUACUUAGGAUUGCCCGUAUCGUGCUUACUCUAACGAGGUAUUAUUGUUGCGUAAUUGUUUGGAUACCUCCGUUCUUCAGGGAGACCUUUUCUUUGUCCUGUUCUUUUUGUUUUCGUCGAACUAUAAAUUAUACGUGUUACCGUUGUUUCGAACACGGAUCCAUAGAAAUGAAGGAACGCUUUUCCUAAUUAGCUAGUAUGUACCUAGAUAGUAACGAGGCCGGAAAGGAAGAGAGAGAGAGAGAGAGAGAGAGAGAGAGAGAGAGACGCUUUUGUCCUCGCAAUCUCGUGGAACGCGAAUUUGCCAGGACGCGAACGAAAAGAAGGAAUUUGUAAAUAGGAUGAACUAUGCGCAAGAAUUCGAGAUGCAACACUUCGGGUGUCUAGAAAAACUGUCGUACUAUUAAUAGAGAAAAAAAAAGGGAACCGCCGGAGGGCGACAGAUGUUAAUAUAACGCGUUUACGUUUACUGGAUUAUUUAAUUGUAGACUGACAUUCGUUUCUAGAUUUGCGUUUGUUAAAAAUCGUGCUGUGAUAUGUAUGUGUGUUAAUAUUAAAACUAACAAACGUUAACGAGAGCAAAAGACCACUCGCAAUAACAAUAUUAUUUUAGCCUAACAAAUGUUUACGAGAUAUUUGAUUAAUCGCUUGAUUCUUUAACGUUACUUAUGCUUUUCCGUCUCCCCUCAACACCCUCGUACAUAUUUUCUAUACAAGAUUCAUGAAUAGGAAACGCCGCAAUGUAACUUUUGUCAAUAAUAAACGAUGCGAUCGAAUUGCA